AUGUUUCGGUUGCUUGCAGGCGGUGCCCGCAACCCGUUCAUUCGUCACUCGUCGUCGCUGGUGCAGUUUCCCACCGGUCAGUCGACCCCCAAACCGACUUUGGGCCAAUUCAAAUGGCCCAUCGCCAAUACCCUCUUGAUUGCCGCUACCACCGCCGCCAUCCUCAAUGCUGUCUACUACAAGCUUGAGGCGGACGAACGUGAAACGGCUUUGCUGGAAAAGGCAGCGUUGUUGGAGCAGCGCAUCCAACAGUUGGUCGAUGAGAAGAAGCAAGUUGUGGCGGAGGAGUCCGCUCGCAAGAACAAGAGCUGGUGGAAGUUCUGGUAA